AUGCUCAGCCUGCCUGGCGACCGGCCAGACGUGCUCCUACGAUCCGAAUGCGAGAAAACGUGGUUUACCCGAGGGUUGUGGGCUUUGGCGAUAUGUAAUAUUGAAGGAUUCGAGGAUACGAUGCUGACGUUGCUCGGUGCGACGGACCGCUCGAGAGGCCGACGAGAACGGUUAAUGCAGCUAUGGACGGAUGAGAGUUCUUCAGAGAGUCUGCACGAAGCGUGGAAAACGAGUCGGCUCUGGGGUGCAUUGGAAAAAAUGUUGUCACCGACAGAUACGGACACACAGUCGCCAGCGAAGAGACCGCGAGAAGAAGACGAUGACGGCUUGUAUCUGAGCGCUUCAAGCCAAUGGGGUUUCCGUGUUAAUCGCGGCCAAAAUCUUACUGCUCCAGUCGCAGGUCCCAAAGUCGUCGACCCAUCGUCGUCUCCAGCCAUGAAGAGACAAAGAUUAUCAUCAACUACAGAUACCAGCUCUCCAGUAACUCCGGGAAGACUCAAUGCUACUCAAAACCUACCACUCCCAUCUCAUACUUCCGCGCUUGUCGAAACAUAUUUCUCGCAGACUCACCCAUGGUUCCCAAUAAUACCCAAACACAACAUGCUCCGUGCAUCCUACAUGUACGCUAACGGCGCAACUUAUUCGGGGAAUCCGCCCAAAAGCUCAGGAGAUCACGCUGCUCUUUGGGCGAUCCUGAGUUAUACGACUGGUCAGGAGCAGUCCGGUUCGAACGCACACGACGCAUUUAUGCAUGAUCCAUUGGCUCAGUCCAAAGAGUAUUAUCACAUAGCUCGGGGCCUGAUUCCUUCAGAAAAGGAACGCUUUGACCUCGGACAUGUACAAGCCUUGUUGCUGCUCACGUUGGUCAACGUGGGAUCAGAGGAUUGGACUGCGGCGUGGCUGCUGAGUGGUCAGGCCGCACGAAUGGCAGAGGCAAUGGAGUUAUCUAAACCUUUGGAUUCCCGCAGGACGGAUGAGACACGCCAAAGAAGAGCAGUUUAUAUGGGAUGCUUUGUCAUUGAUUCGAUUCUCUCUGUACGCCUUUCCAGAUCGCCUUGCCUGCGAUCAAACGAUUCAGAUGUAGUAGGGCGACUUGAUGAAGAUGGCUUAGAAGAGUGGAACUCUUGGGUCGACGUGUUGCCUUCGCGCGCCGCAUUUGAAAGCAGAAAUGCGCCUCAGCGAGGUCCUUUAUUGGCUCUCAGCUGCUUCAACCGAUUGUUUGAAUUGACCACUGUGCUUAAUAAGAUCGCGUGGGAUUUCCCGCAAGCAACGAACGCUCAGGCAUUCAUCCAGAAGAUCCUUCUUGACCUAAAGUCUCUUGAUGACCGCCUUCCUGCAAACUGUCGUUUGAUUAGUCUUGAGAGUGAUGAAGCUCAAAAUCGGCCUCCGCUGCUUCUUCAUCAGACCUAUUUUCAUCUGACAUAUACAGCCACACUGCUUUUCCUCUACACAAGACAGCUGAGUCAAAGUCAUUUCAUGCAAGGAGUUAAUUACACUGCUGUUGAUGGAAUUGAGAAAAUACUUUAUCGAACGUUGGAUGUAUUGUCCCAACAUGUGGAAAACUUCCAAGCUUGCGCGAUCCCACCGUUACUCGAAUUUCCUCUGCGGUCAAUUUUCGAGUCUGUGUCAUCGGUACGGUCGAAACUAGAGUCAUCGGGCUUUCCGGUGUCAAAGUGGAUCACUAUCUUUUCUCAGAGACUUACUGAAGUGUCUUCACCAUGGCCCGUGUUUAGGACACUUAGCGAAACACUUGGAUCUCUUCUACUCCAGCCGACAGAUUCUUAUCCAUUGGCACAGUCAUCGGUCGACAUAGGUACCAGCCGAUCUUAUGACUCUCAGGUUUCGGAGCCAAGGGCAAAUCAGGCCAUCCCAGACAGUGGACACGGACGUGCUUCUAUCACCCAGAACUCUGGAUUUAGCCCUAAUCUGCCCAAACCCUUUUCUUUACAGCCGGAAAGUAUGUACAGAGCAGCACCGGAUUCUAGCACAAGCGGUCUGCGUAUUCCAUCCGGAAUGGAUCCUAGCAAUCAAGAACAAACAGCCGCUCACAUCUUAGACAAACUCAUGGGAGGACGCAAUCCGUCAUCAAAUACAGACCCUAACAACAUGGGACAACUUCUCAACCAACAGCAACAGACCCAGACAGGCUCUACCCCCGAUUCUGCAAUUCUAUCACAACACAACCUCGCUUCUGCAGGGUUCAACAUCGGCCAACAACAGCGGAGCAGAUCCUACAUGACCGAUGAAGCCUCAUCAUCCCCUAACGACCUCGAUUCAAUAUUCAAAGACCUCGCAUAUAUAGAUACAACAGAUUGGGCAAACAGCCGUCAAGAAGGGCUUCGAGAGUUUGGAUUCAUGGAUGACAAUACAUUCCAAGCGUUUUGUCACGAUCCAGAUCGACUGGUUGGUUCGCGGCCUUUGGUACUGCCGACUGCCAUGUCGAUUGCGGAUAUUUGGCCGCCGCCGGGCUUCUUUCCGGAGACGUUUCAAGCUGGUCAGAAGAAUGAUCGGAGUUAA